UCAGCUGUGUCCAAUCACAGCUGAUCACGUGGCACUGAUGAUCAGCGUGCCCUGAUGAUCAGUGUGGCCACAGAAGUGCCACCUGUCAGUGCUCAUCAGUGCCACGUGCCAGUGCCCAUCAGUGCCAUGUGCCAGUGCCCAUCAGUGCCUCAUCAAUGCCACAUAUCAGUGCAUACCAGUGCACAUCAAUGCCACAUAUCAGUGCCCAUCUUAGCUGCCUUUCAAUGUCACCCAUCAGUGCCAGUCAGUGCCACCUAUCAAUGCCAAUCAGUGCCACCUAUCAGUGCUGCCAAUCAGUGCCACCUAUCAGUGCUGCCAAUCAGUGCCACCUAUCAGUGCCUGUCAGUGUCGCCUAUCAGUGCGCAUCAGUGCCAGUCAGUGCUGCCUAUCAGU